GUUGCUGACACCCGGCGCAUGCGCAAACUGAUGAGCAGUGACAAAGCGAAAAGAGCAAGAUGGCGGACUGAGCGUUUCUAACUUUCUGGUGGAGUUUCACAAUUACCAUCUUAAAACAUUAUUGAGUCGAACAUUGCAGCAAAUACUUAACGAUAAAUAUUGCCUUAAGUCUACGAAAACAACAUUUGAGUUUGUAGCGAUAUCUGAAGUGAAGAUUGAAGACGUGAUAGAAGAUGGACGACUACUGCUAUGCUAAGAUGGCGACGUCCGCUAAAAGAGAACAUGAAAGAGAAUCAGCGCCACCAACUUCCAGCAAAUCACCAACGGAGAUAAAGACGAAAGAUGAAGAAAUCCAGCAGCUGAUUGGUCAUCCAGAAGAAGUUUCCCCUCAGUUAGGGGGGAGCUCCACUUUGAAGCAGGAGACUCCACAACCACCCUGCAUUAAAAAGGAAGAGGAGGAACUCUGCAUCACUCAGGAGGGAGAGUGUCUUCUAGGACGAGAGGAAGCUGAUUACACCAAGUUGCCACUGAUUAUUCUCUCUGUGAAGACUGAAGAUGAUGAAGAGAAACCACAAGUGAACAACAUCUUAGCUCCACUAUCAGAUAGUAAGGUUGAAAACGAUGUUGAAUUCUCUGUGAAGACUGAAGAUGAUGAAGAGAAACCACAACCAGGCAACAUUUUUGCUCAACUACCAGAUAGGAAGGUUGAAGAACCUUUGAGCAGCGAUAAAGACUGUGAAGGUGAUAUGAGGACUCACACUGACAACAGACACUCUGAACCUUCUAAAAAGAAUAGAGACGUCCAGCAGCUGUUUGGUGAUCCUGAGGAACUUACCCCUCAGUUAGGGGGGAGCUCCACUUUGAAGCAGGAGACUCCACAACCACCCUGCAUUAAAAAGGAAGAGGAGGAACUCUGCAUCACUCAGGAGGGAGAGUGUCUUCUAGGACGAGAGGAAGCUGAUUACACCAAGUUUCCACUGAGUAUUCUCUCUGUGAAGACUGAAGAUGAUGAAGAGAAACCACAAGUAGACAACCUCUUAACUCCACCAUCAGAUAGUGAGGUUGAAGAACCUUUGGGCAGUGAAACAGACUGUGAAGGUGAUGUUUCUAAAAAGCAGAGAGACGUCCAGCAGCUGAUUGGUCAUCCAGAAGAAGUUUCCCCUCAGUUAGGGGGGAGCUCCACUUUGAAGCAGGAGACUCCACAACCACCCUGCAUUAAAAAGGAAGAGGAGGAACUCUGCAUCACUCAGGAGGGAGAGUGUCUUCUAGGACGAGAGGAAGCUGAUUACACCAAGUUUCCACUGAGUAUUCUCUCUGUGAAGACUGAAGAUGAUGAAGAGAAACCACAAGUGAACAACAUCUUAGCUCCACUAUCAGAUAGUAAGGUUGAAAACGAUGUUGAAUUCUCUGUGAAGACUGAAGAUUAUGAGGAGACACCACAACCAAACACUCUCUUAGCUCAGCUUUCAGAUAGUAAGGUUGAAAACGAUGUUGAAUUCUCUGUGAAGACUGAAGAUGAUGAAGAGAAACCACAACCAGGCAACCUCUUUGCUCAACUACCAGAUAGGAAGGUUGAAGUACCUUUGAGCAGCGAUAAAGACUGUGAAGGUGAUAUGAGGACUCACACUGACAACAGACACUCUGAACCUUCUAAAAAGAAUAGAGACGUCCAGCAGCUGAUUGGUCAUCCAGAAGAAGUUUCCCCUCAGUUAGGGGGGAGCUCCACUUUGAAGCAGGAGACUCCACAACCACCCUGCAUUAAAAAGGAAGAGGAGGAACUCUGCAUCACUCAGGAGGGAGAGUGUCUUCUAGGACGAGAGGAAGCUAAAGACACCAAGUUUCCACUGAGUAUUCCCUCUGUGAAGACUGAAGAUGAUGAAGAGAAACCACAAGUAGACAACCUCUUAGCUCCACUAUCAGAUCGUGAGGCUGAAGACGAGGUUGAAGAACCUUUGAGCAGAGAUAAAGACUGUGAAGGUGAUAUGAGGACUCACACUGACAACAAACACUCUGAAUGCUCUAAAAAGAAAAGAGGUAAUAAACGUUUCAGCUGCUUAGUUUGUGCUAAAAGCUUCACUAAAAAGUGCCAUUUCACUAAACACAUGAGUAGACACACAUUAAAGUGCUCGGUUUGUGAUAAAAUCUUUGUUUCCGUACCAGGCUUUACUCAACACAUAAUGACACACACCAGACGAAAACCAUUUAAUUGUUCAGUUUGUGGUAGAAGCUUUGGUCAAAACAGCUAUUUGACUAAACACAUGAGAACACACACAGGAGAAAAGCCAUUCAAAUGUUCAGUUUGUGGCAAAAGCCUUUCUCAAAAGAGCAGUUUGAAUAAACACAUGGGAACACACACAGAAGAAAAGCCAUUUAAUUGCUCUGCUUGUGGCAAAAGCUUUUCUCUAAAAGGCACUUUAACCAGACACAUGAGAACACACACGGGACAAAAACCAUAUAAUUGCUCAGUUUGUGGUAAAAGCUUUUCUCGAAAAUGCAGUUUAACUGAACACAUGAGAACACACGCAGGAGAUAAAACAUUUAAUUGUUCAAGUUGCGGCAAAGGCUUUACUAUAGAUGGCAAUUUGACUGAAGACAUGAGAACGCACUCAGAAGAUAAAACAUUUAACUGUUCAGUUUGCGACAAAAACGUUUCUAUAAAGUGCAAUUUUAUUAGACACACAAGUAAACACACAGGACCAAAACCAUUUAGUUGUUCAGUUUGUGGUAAAAGCUUCUUAAAGAGCAGUUUGACUCAACACAUGAGAACGCACACAGGAGAAAAGCCAUUUAACUGUUCAGUUUGUGGCAAAAAGUUUUCUAUAAAAGGCAAUUUAACUAAACACAUGAGAACACACACCGGAGAAAUUCCAUUCAACUGUUCAGUUUGUGGCAAAGGAUUUUCCCGAAGGGGCAAUUUUACUAAACACAUGAGAACACACACAGUACAAAAACCAUAUAGUUGCUCAGCUUGUGAUAGACGCUUUUCUUAUGAAUGCAGUUUAACUGAACACAUGAGGAAACACACUGGAGAAAAAUCAUUUAGUUGUUCAGUCUGCGGUAAAAGAUUCCAUCGUAAUUCAUUUGCAGUAAGACACGCAAGAACACACAAGGGAAAAUAACCGAUCAUCUGUUUAGUUUGUGGUAUGUUGCUCAUAUGUGGUGACAUUCACCCUACCCAAGACCUACGAGGUGUUCAUACUAAGUGGAAUUAUCUGAAGCAUAAUCUUAUUUCCACUCGACCUCAUGUCUUCUGGGUGUCGGAAACUUUCCUGACUAGUAAGAUAGAUGAUGCUUGUAGUGCUUGGUUACUUCUUCUUCAGUUGAGACAGACCUGAUGAGUCCAGCUGGGGAGGAAUUGUAGUCUUCUUCAGUGAUGCUUUUACCGCCUCCAGAAUGUCUGACUUUGAACACCAACAACAUGAAUCGAUCUGCCUGAAACUACACCUUCCAGGUCACCUGGGGCCUCAUGUAUUAAGAAGACCUGCACAUAUUUCCUACUAAUAUACAGUGUACGCUCAAACCCACACACACCAAUACACAUACGAGGGGCUCGCCACUGCAUGUCCACGCCCCCAUUUAUGUAAAUAUGCAACUCAAUAUUUAAAUUACAUAGUCAUCAUGUGAUGGUGCUUUUAUAGCAAUGUGUGUGCAGUCGAUAGCUGUGAUUACAUUAGGAAAAGAAAUUGUGCUUUAAUGUUGGCCUGUUAUGUGGGAAUUGAAUAUAUCUGGCUAACAUGCUGAUCAUUUAUUGUGUUUUUUGCACCACUUUGCCUAGGAUUUUAUAUCCAUUCAUGUAAUUUCACUUACGAGGUGUGUUAAUUGUUCAUAUGUCUCUGAUGUGCACAUCAAUCAGUCUGAGGAGUAAUUGUUUGACAUUUCUUUAUUUAAACAGUUAGCCAUCAUAUUUACUUUUACUGUAUAGUACUUGUGUUUUAAUAUCUUGCUUUAUUGUCUGAAUAUUAAUGACAGUCUGACAACUACUGAAAAUACAUAUUUCUUAUGACAACAUUUUGAAAAUGUUUAUCUUCCAUUUUUAUGAUCCCACUAUUGUGUUUU